ACAUAAAAUAUCUAAAUAAUGAAGUAAUCUAAAGCUUACAGUAAGAAAAUACAGGUUAACGAGUAGGUAGGGGUGUGACUGGACGUGACUGGAUGGGUUUUUUUUUUCCCAAAGAGUAACAGGUUACUCGUUUUGGUGUGACUCGUUAGGAACAAGCGAGUAACAUUCAUAUUCCAUGCAUGCAUGCCACCACUGAGUCCGCAACUAUUAGGAACUAGACACUAUAGUUAUCUUCAAGUUGAGCUUCUGCCGCAGCUCGGCUGAAUAUGAGAUAUUCCCUGGCUUCGACCUGAAAGCCAUAUACCCCAACACAGUGACGUCAUCACCAUCAACUACGACGUUACAUACCACGGCGAAGACCUCGACCAGUUGGGAAGAAAUCCAACUCCCUGAAAUAAGUACCAUGGCUAGUACUGAAACUACUAUGACAAAGACAACUACCACUACUCAAGAGCCCCUGCUCAACAACGCGCCCUACAAGCCCUACGUUUGCCCCGAAGAGGAGGUACCUCUGAGCAUCGGCCCUUACGAAGUGCCGACGCAAAAGGACCUCGUGGUCCACAUGAAGAAGAUCUUGAUGAAGAUGUUCAAGAGCUACCAUAAGAAGGCACUGUUCUUUUUAAACGACGUAAUGAAGGCAACAAGAGCAACUUCGCAGAUUGAAAGGAGCUGUCCCAUCAAAAGCAGGAACACGUACAAGCUGUGCGUGAGGCACGUCAGCAACCAGUGCCAGGUCAUCACCAAGAGCUUCGUCACGUCGCUAGAGAGGCAGAGGCACGACGUGUCUGCCUUUACUGAGGCUUCGAUCUGCAACAUGUCUUCCAUGAAAGCUGACCCCGUCCAGCUGAUCAAAACCAUCGCCAUGGAGGAUGCGUCUCUUGAGUUCGCGCUGCCAGGGUUCUUGAGGCUACUCGGCGCCUGCUCAGUGUACUGUCAAAGGACACCGAUCACGGCACAUUGGAAGAAACCGAAACGACACAUGACUGAUCAAGAUCUCGUUAUCAAGCACUUCUUAACCCGUAAAAACUAUGCUCAACUGUUAAAAGAACACUUAACAUAACAUUUUGUUUUUGUUAAAAAAUACUUAUUAUUUUUUGUGUGAACGCAGUCAAGUAUGAAGUGAAUUAGCAAUCUCGUGAACGCACCUGUUGAUCGAUCGAGCUUUCACGCGUUCCGCAUACCGGCCGCUAGAUGGCGACACCAUCAAUGAACUUUUGACGUGAACUUGAUUGGAACUUGAAUAACUUAACCAAAAUAUCUAAGCUUUUUGUGUGAUGUGAAUAGUGAUAGCCGUGGGAACUGAUAACAAACUGUAAUUUAAUU